UUUAUCUCUCCUACUUGGGGUGAACAAUCCCCUAACACACUCAUACAAACAAAUCUACUUUUAAACGUUCUGUCUCUCGAGCAUCCGCUUGGUGUUUGUAGCUUUAGCCUGCUAGCACCGCUGGUCAGCUAAAGCUACCAACCUCUUUCACUCAUUUAUUUUCUCACUUUCUGGCUUUGCUCUUCACCUUGUACAAUGUCGCUUGCGUGUCUGUCCUUGAGUGCAGGAGAGGCAUCGAUGGAGGCGCUGGAGCUGGAGCUGGAAGCGGUGGAGUCCCAGAUUCGCUCGCUGGAGACGAAGCGAGAGGGCAUCAGGGCUCUGCUCUUAACCCGUACUCGCUCGUCUGAGGUAAGUGUCCGAUACAACGACAAUCUCCCAGUUUCUUCAACCCCGCGUGUUUCUCUGUCCAGGCCCAGCGCACCGAGGACGCGGUGCACCCAGGUGUUGUUCACGCCGACUCCCGGCUACCACGGCCCCAGGGUGCAACCGCGUAAGGUGCUUGCCAGGUCCCGGGGCAGAACGUCUCCUCCUCCGGUGUUCGAGAUCCCCACGGAGAACCGCUUCGCCCCUCUCCGCGAGACGGGUCGCGAUGUUGCCAUCAUUGGCGACUCAAUCGUCCGCCACGUCCGCUCCACUUCCUCCAAAGGUAACAAAGUACGCACUUUCUGCUUCCCUGGUGCCCGAGUUAAGAAUAUUUCUGCACAGAUACCUACUAUCCUGAGCGCUGCCGAGAGCCUCGGUGCCGCCGUCCUCCACGUGGGGACGAACGACACCGGGCUCCGGCAGACGGAGAUCCUGAAGAAGGACUUCAGGAGCCUGAUCGAGACGGUUCGACGCACUUCGCCCGCCACGCAGAUCAUCGUUUCUGGACCGCUUCCUACCUACCGCCGAGGAAAUGAAAGGUUCAGUAGACUUUUUGCUCUGAAUGAAUGGCUAUUAACAUGGUGUGAAGAACAGAAAUUGCUCUUUGCCAAUAACUGGAAUCUUUUCUGGGAGCGUCCUAGGCUUUUCCGCGCUGAUGGGCUGCACCCCAGUCGAGCUGGAGCUGAACUCCUGUCGGACAACAUCACCAGAAUACUUCGCUCUAUCUGACUAGCCCUCAGACUAUGCAGAGUCACUGAUUCGAUCCAAGACCAACGACGAGAUGAUCCCAAGGUUUCCAUAUCCUGGACCUGGCCGAAUCCUGAACAACUACUGCGAU